AUGGAAUUUCAAGAGCAUCCUCCAUGGUUGCGUGAUGCUGCUGUCCAAGUGGCAUCUACCCUUGGCUUCAAGGACGAGCCCUCGGGGCAGAAUUUCGUUGAUUCCGCGAAGGAGCUGCAGGAUCUGGCUGGCGGGCGGCGCGGGCAGGCGCUGCUCGCCAAGAAGGGCGACGACGUUGACCCCCAGCUGAAGGAGCGGCUGGCGGGCCUGGAGAAGCAGUUGGAGGGCCUCGACCUCGACGGCGUUGCGGGCGGCGGCGCCAACCCCGAGCUGCACGAGUUCCUCGGCGGCUGCAUAAUGAUGUCGAUGCGCAAGGUCGGCAUGAGGAGACCGCAGACCCUCGCCGCGCUGAGCCGCCUCGCGUCGGGGAAGCUGACGCAGGAGGAGGGCGCGAGCGUCGAGCUUGUGCGCAUGACCUCCGUCUGCGUCAGCGAACUCACAGACCAAGAGCUCGCCCAGUACAAGGGCGGCGGCCUGCAGGUUCUGCCACCCGCGUUGGUGGCGAAGGCCGCGGAAUCCUCGGCGAAGGACGUGGUCUGCCCCCUGGAGGCCGCCGUCUGGGAGCAGCUGGCGGUCGUGGCCGCGGCGCUGCAGUCCCAGAUCGUCGGGGACUUGCCCAGCAAGGGCCUCCCGCAGGGGACAGGCCUGAUCGCUGGUAUCCCUCUUUUGGCCAUUUUCGUGUUCCUGGGCAAGAAGUUCUACGACAUGAAGCAGCGCGAGGUCACGAAGAAGGACAAGAAGCAAAAGUCGAAGGACAGAUGA